AUGAUAUUAAAAAGGGACUGGUUGAUAUUUUCCGAAUCUACUGGCAAGUUUUUUUGUUAUAAAUGUAUUUUGUUCAAAUCGGACCUACCUGGAAAUCCAAACCUGUGUAACCAAUUCCUUACAGGCUUUAAUGACUGGAAAAACGCACAUUCGAGAAUUUCAAGUCAUGAAGUGUCAAAAGAACAUUUUGCAUCUAUUUCUGCUUUAGUGAACUACCAACAAACUAGAAAAAUUGAUGAGACGUUUGAUAUUGUCAAGGAAAAAGAAAGCACAUAUUGGACAACGGUUUUAAGAAGAGUAGUGGAAGUAAUUAAGUUUUUGACCGAAAGGGGACUAGCGUUUAGAGGCGAUAAUGAAAUACAUGGUGAUCCUAGUAAUGGCAAUUUUCUUGGGUGUAUCGAUCUCUUAGCCAAAUUUGAUCCGUUUCUAGAAGAACAUGUAAGAAGAUACGGUAAUCCAGGCCGCGGAAAAGUAUCAUAUUUAUCCUCCACAACGUAUGAAGAACUAAUAAUUUUACUGGGGUCAAAAGUAUUGGAAAAAAUAGUUACAGAAAUCAAAGAAGCCAAGUAUUAUGGAAUCACUGUGGAUUCUACACCUGACGUUAGCCAUACGGAUCAACUCUCCAUAGUUAUUAGAUAUGUCUCAAAAACUGUAGAUAUAUAUGAAAGAUUUUUGAUGUUUGUUAAAAUAGAAAAACAUGAUGCCAAGUAUCUUUUUGACACUCUAAUUUCAGUUUUAGAAAAUCAGGGAAUAGACCCAAAAUUUUGCAGAUGUCAGUCUUAUGACAAUGCGGCUAAUAUAAGCGGAGUGUAUUCGGGAGUACAAACUAGAUUUAGGGAAAUCAACAGCGCAGCCACUUGGGUACCAUGUGGAGCUCAUAGUCUUAAUCUAGUUGGCACAGCGGCGGCAGAAAGCUGCUUAGAAGCUGUAAAAUUUUUUGAAAUUUUGCAAUCGCUCUACAAUUUCUUUGCAGCGUCCCCUCAAAGAUGGUCUAAACUAAGGUCUUUGGGAAGUAAAAUUUCUGUAAAAAGACUUUCAGAGACCAGAUGGUCAGCACGUUAUGAGGCUGUAAAAACAUUAUGUGCCCAUUAUGAUGAUAUACGUGGUAUUCUUACAAAUAUUUCAACUAGUGAAGGUAUGAAACCUACAACAGUGAUUGAGGCACAAACCUUAAUCCAUCAAAUGAAUACUUUGGAGAUGGUAUUACUCACAGUUAUUUGGGAAGAUCUACUAAAACACGUCGAUAUUGUAAAUAAAUCUCUUCAAGAACCUGGCAUCGAGUUUAACACGAUGGUGCGACUUUACGACAGUUUAAUUCAAUAUUUAUCUCACUGCAGAAUUGAGGACAUGUAUAAUAGCUAUUAUCUUAAGGCAAAAGCCCUUGCACCAGAUUCAGAAUUUAAAGAAUCCGAAACUAGAGUUCGUAAGAGAAAACGACAGUUCGAUGAAGGGCCAGAUGAGACUUCCUCUCGCAGUGCCAAAGAUUCCUUUAAGAUUAAUUUUUUUUUAUUGUUCUGGAUGUGCUUUGCGCUGAAAUGA